GUUCAGUCAGACCACAGGACAGUUCACCGCCCACCACCCCUCCACUUCCUCAUCAAGAAUCGAAGCAGAGCAACAUGAGUUUCCUGUGACGCCGCUCUGUCUCUGGUCAAUUAGUGUGUAGCUGUUCGCAUCACUCCUCCACGAGACGGGCUCCCGAGCGCAUCUGCAGCUCCGCGAAGAGUUUCUCCGCAGGAAAGACACAACAACACCUUUCUGCUGGUUCGGAUCCUCCUCGCCGGAGGGGCCUGUGAUGUUGUUUUCAUGACGUUGGAGUUGCUUCGGGACACACAGCCAUGCUUCAGCAGCCGGAGCUCAUCUUUGACUUUGCCAGUGACCACUUCAGCUCAUCACAGAUGGGGAUGUUUUCAGAGUACCCUGCAGUGGUGGUGGAGGAGGUCCCCCAUCAACACCUGCUGACAUACACUGGUAUGAUGGGUGAACAGUCACAGACAGAGGAUCACCAUGAGCUGCUAAAAGUGGAGCCAUGUGAGAGCGGCGAGGAGGAGACCAUGGAGACGCUUGUUGCUGCUGACUCGCUCCUUGACAUGGACUGCGUUGACACUCUCUCACUGGAACAGCACUACUCCCAGGCUUUCCUCCCGUCACUGAGCGAUGUCAUCACCGCUCCCGUUACCCAGGUAACCGUGUCCGCCGAGGGCAUUGUGGGAGCCGUUGACCAGUCGCAGUGGCACUCGUUGCACAAAGAGAGGCCUGCGGCGCAGCUGCAGUCUAGAAAGAGGAGUAAGAAACCUCGACAUCGGAGGGCAGAGUCUCCUACACCGGAUAUCAAAGUAAAGAAGGACAAAUAUAAUAAAGGAGGGAACACCCUCUACCUGUGGCAGUUUCUGAUGGAGCUGCUGCAGGACAGACAAGUCUGUCCUCGCUACAUCAAAUGGACCGAUCCGCAGGCGGGCAUCUUCAAGCUGGUCAACUCCAAAGCCGUGGCCAGGCUGUGGGGCAAACACAAGAACAAACCAGACAUGAACUAUGAGACCAUGGGAAGAGCACUCAGGUACUACUACCAGCGGGGCAUCCUGAACAAGGUGGAGGGCCAGCGCCUCGUUUACCAGUUCACCUCUCUUCCCGUGAACAUGGUGUACAUCACGGACGGAGAUUGCGGCAAAGAGGAAGACGACGACGACCACGACAAAAGUGGAAACGACGAGGGGCUUAGCGAUGGUACCAUCUCCAGUGACCAGUCUGUGGAGGACGAGGAAGCUGAUGAGGCGGAGGAGGAAGAGGAUGAGGAGGACUUCCAGCCGCCGCUGAAGAAAACCUCCUUGGUCUCCCCGCGAGCCGCAGCGGCGCAGCGGCCCAGACCGACCGCCAAGCAGCCGGCUCAGCGCGACACCGUCCUGCGGCCCGCCGGUGCCAGCCUGAUCCAGGAGCAGCACCUGCCCAUCGUGUCCGCCGAGAUGCUGAGGACGCUGCAGAACCUGCAGAAGGUCCGAUCGCUGCAGCCGGCGGGGCAAGCGUCCGUCUUCAAGACGGCCCAGCUGCUGGGGAGCCUGUGCGAGAGCCAGGCUGCGUCCAAGACGGCAACAGACGCCGGCAAAGGGGCGCCGCCGAAGUCUCACGCAGAACGCCGGAACGCCCCGUAUUUGGUGCCUCCCACGACCUCCGACCAAUAAACACAUCCAGCCUCCGCUUCAAACCAAACACGUUCACUCCACUGACUCAGGAACUCUUCCACAGCUGUACUUUGCUGCAUCAACGUCUGAACGCCAGGUAAAGCCGUCGAUCAUUUAAGCAAGGCACCAAUUAGACGUCUCACGGCGUCUUUGAUCGGACGACAAUCACGGCAAACCAAAACCAACUCAAUUGUCCCUUAGAAGACGUUACACCCUGUUGUAUUUUCUAUCAACAAGCUACUCAAGAAACCAAAGACAGACAUGCACUGGAACCCACAGCCUCUCUGCACCUUCUGCAGAUCCCUUUUGCUUGCACUUCCACUUCAGGCUUUCCUGGAGUCAUUUAUCAUGCCAUCACUUCUUCGUCAACCUUUUUAUUUUUAAUUUAAUGUACAAUCACAAACUGAAUCAUUCCUUUGCCUUCAAAGCGUCUUGUUUGCACUAUGAUCUUCACUCUGCUGUACUUUUCUUCUCUAAGUGCCUAAAGGUCUCGAUCCUGGCCCUGCUUUCUCUCUGUCUAUUGCUGAUAAUCAUGAGAAUUGUGAGGGAAAAACAUUCCAUAUUAUUAUUAUUUUUAUUAUUAUUAUAAUUAUAAAGAGUACUGUUGUUUGUUUUUUGGAUAUGUUUGUAUUGUGAUAUGUUAAAACAAGGGAUGGCUUUUUGCUGCUGUUAAAUGUUUGGCCUUUCUUUUCUUGACAAUCACAAGUGAAGUGCUUCUUAUAAAUUUCCAUUGUAACUGUAAGGUCUUUCUGUUUGGACACUGUGCAUCUAUAAGCCUCGGAUGUUAUAUACUGUUAGUUUGAAUGUGCUCCUGCUCUGUUGCCAUAUCCUCUGCCCCGCACCUCCAAUCCCCCCCUCAGGUUCCUUUAUUUUUCUACUCUACAGAGACCGUGUACUCCAUGUAAGGAGCGUAAUGGCCGACUGUUAAUAAUGAAGUAAUUAGUCAAGCGUUUCCUCCUGCCCUUACCUUAAUGGAGCCUCGCAUAGCCAGCUCGCAACGUUCACCUCACUCCGCAGGAGCGGGGCUGCCGUUUUGUCAGGCUAAACUUAGUUAGGAGAUGCUUACGCAGUGACUGUGCCUUUGCCUGUAGGGAGCCGCUAUGCAAAACUGCUUCUCACAUUAUUAAGCCAUUUGUCUCAGAUUCCCCCUCACCUGAGCUACCCGGGUGUCUCCCGAUGCAGUUUAUUCAGCAUAGGGCGAGCUUUAGCCGGAGGAUGAGGGAGGAUUUCUGUUGCCUUAUUUCUUUUACGUGUUUUCCUUUUUGUCCAGAGAUUGUAAAUGGAAUAAAGGAAUAUAUGUGUGAAA